AUGUCUGCUUCUGACGCCCACCCGCUCUUCCAGCCGCUGACGAUCGGCCCUGUGACUCUGCCGAACCGCAUUGUCCAGGCGCCUUGCACGCGUGACCGUGCCGACAAUGACGACGACCGUGUGCCGACGCUGCCGCGGAUGGCAGACCACUACGCCAUGCGGGCCAAGCACGAGUUCGGCCUGCUCAUUGCCGAGGCCACGCUGGUUUCGCGCGACGGCGCGGGCUACAUCUGCACGCCGGGCAUCUACUCGCCGGAGCAGAUCGAGGCGUGGAAGGCCAUCACGCAGGCGUGCCGCGAGGCCAACCCGCGGGUCCCGUUCUUCUGCCAGCUCUGGCACUGCGGCCGCCACUCGCACCGGCUGUUCCAGGCCGACGGCGAGCUCCCUGUGGCGCCGUCGGCCAUCCCCAUCGGCGGCAAAGACGAGAAGCUGGUGCCUGGAUGGAAGAAGGUGCCGUACGAGGCGCCUCGCGAGGCGACACUUGAGGAGAUGCGCGGCUUCCCGGCCGUCUUUGCUGCCGCCGCCCGCAACUCGAUCGAGGCCGGCUUUGACGGCGUCGAGAUCCACUCGGCGAACGGGUACCUGCUCGACCAGGCGCUCCGCGACGGCUCCAACCAGCGGACCGACGAGUAUGGCGGCUCCAUCGAGAACCGCGCUCGCCUGCUGCUCGAGACCACAGUGGCCGUCAUCGAGGCCGUCGGCGACUCGAAGCGCGUCGGCGUCCGCCUCUCCCCCGCCGGCCUCAACGGCGACAUGACCGACUCGAACCCUGUCGCCCUCUUCUCGUAUGUCAUGACCGAGCUCGACAAGCUCAACCUCGGGUACAUUCACUUUAACGAGGAGAAGCCUGACGACGUCGAGUUCGACUUUGCCCACCUCGCCGGCCAGGCGCCCAACACUCCCAUCAUCGCCUGCUUCCGCUACGACCUCGACCGCGCCACCAAGACGCUCAAGGCCUCCGGCGGCUACGCUGACGCCAUUGCAUGGGGUCAGUGGCAGGUCGCCAACCCGGACCUGCCCAUCCGCUUCCGCCGCGCCAUCGACUCGGGUGAGGAGCCUGUCCUCAACCCCAUCGACUGGCCCACGGUCUUUGCCGAGGGCGACGAGGGCUACAACACGUACCCAACCCUUGACGAGGCCACCGAGUGA